AUACUUGUCUCUGGGAAUUUGCGUGCAUUGAGUUUCAAGGACAUAAACGAAGACGGCAACGAAAAAGUUGUGGAACAAACUGUUUCGAUCAAUUUGAACCAGUCCGUCUUCACAGUCUGUAAGAAGUUUCUCUCCGUGGCAAUUACAGUUAGUUUGAUACGGGAGCAUUGGCCCCACAUUAGCUUCACCUCAGAGAAAUUCUUCACUCUCGCAAAGGGUCUCUCUCCUGCAUUUCUUCGUGUGGGAGGGACUGCCGAAGAUUUUUUGAUCUAUGAUGAUUCGACAGGGUUGAACAAGCACAAGAAUUUUACUAAUUUUACAAUAACGCACGAGGAUUUGGAUAAGAUUCAUCUGCUGUCUUCUAAGGCAAACUGGGAUGUUUUGUUCGGAUUGAAUGUGCUUCUCCGACAGAAGGAUGGAUCUUGGAAUGCGAGUAACCCUAAACAAAUUAUGCAGUAUGUUGCUGAUAGUGGCUAUCAUUUUGGAUGGGAGCUUGGAAAUGGUAAUUUUAUACAAGCGCACUCAAUGUUUAUGAUUGUGUUUUAUUUUAGCCUUAAUUAGCCUUGGCCAAAUUUAUUCCUAUGGUUCAAUUAACAGGGACAAUAAAUAGAGCACUAUACAGUAUAUGGACAAAAGCAUUCUAUAUCCUAACAGCUGACACAAAUUUAAGGUUUUAAACUAGCUAAAGACUAAUUUCUUUGAGAGUUUUAAACUAAGUUUAAAGUUAAACGUGCUUAGCAUGAUUAUUUUAUUGAUGUUCUCUUUUCUGACAUUUUAGGACCUAACUAAUUCAAUACACAGGUACAUUCGUACAUUGUACCAUCUCAAAAUUUGGCUCUAGGUUUUCAUGUAAAAAAAGGUAAGAUUCAGGUGUAUCUUGCCAUAAAUUGCAUACUUUUCUCUUAGACCUGUCAAAAUUUUUUCCCUUUUUUGUCACUUUUAGAACCUAACCACUUUGACGAUUUCAACAAGUCACUGUCUCCAUAAGAUCUUGCAAGUGACUUCCACACCUUACGGGAAAUUCUCAAGAGUAGCCCUCAGUUUGGAAAUUUUCUAGUUGGCCCUGAUGUUACCCGGAUUCAUGAGAACUCCAAAAGUGCAAGCUACCUUCAAAGGUAAUUGAGUCAGUACACCUUAGACUGGUUAGGGUCCUAAUAAAGAUGAGUAGAUUAGAGAUCCUUAUCUUUGAUGAGUAGAUUAGAGUAGAUUAGAGAUCCUUAUCUUUGAUUAACUAAUCCAGCUUAAAGAAGUCCCUAAGAUCUAUAACAGAAAAGUCUUCCUGAUCUGGGGCGGAUCCAGGAGUUUUUUUAGGAGGGGGUGCACUCGUCUCUUGCUCUACUUCAACACCAAUAAACCACAUAGAAUUUUUUUUUUUGGCAGAAUACUAGUUGUAUUAGAAAAACGCAGAUCAUCGGGGGGCGCACCCCCUGCACCCUCCCCCUAGAUCCGCCCCUGCUGAUACAGAUGAACUAAAAUUACUCCAAAAAUUGUAUCGAAUGACUUAUGGAUUAUCAACCCAGUACAUCCGCAGAUUUGGGGUGGUCUACUAAAAGAAAUGAACUGUUUUUAGCACGAAAGUACAGAUUAGGGUCACUAUUUUUACGUCUCCUACAGGAGACGGGACUGCUAUUUUACGUGGUCAUCCAAGCCACGCAAAGGUCAAGCCAUUUGCAGGGUAAAGGGCGUACCUUCAUUUCUCAGUUAUUUUAAGACCCUGACCGAGUUUUGGUCUGGCCCCGGGAAUCGAACCCGCGACCUCCCGCUCUGCAAUCAUGCGCUCUACCGACUGAGUGAAAGUGAGGGUACUGGCGCCAGAAGAAGAGUUCUUCUAUCUGCUUUGGUACCCCGAAACUGUCAAGAAUUUUGAUACGUUUAGAUGACAACGAAAAGGAGAUGAUCUUAGUCUUGUCAGAGCUGGUCGUGAAAAUGUUGAUCGAGGGCAAACAAAUCAGAGCUACACACGGAGCAGAGUUACUCUGCUAUCCAUCUGCGAAAGUAAGGAAUAAACUGUCCCCCCUCUUAGCAUGAAGAAGCAGACACGAGAAUGAUAGUUCAUGUAGCUGAUGCAGUAGAAAAUCGUCAACAACAACUAGAGCCCCACAUCUCCUUGCAAAAGUCUCCCUGUCGUCCAUGCCGUAACAGGAUGCGAUACAACACCUGUCCCUAUGGUCAUGAUGACCAGAAGAGCCUGGACGGCAUGGGAGAACUUUCCAGAUGUAAGCGCGUUACGUUUCUCGAGCUGGCAAGGAUUCUCUCUGCUAUUUCCGAGGAGAAUCAUUCAGCCAUAGAGAGAUAUAUAGGAUGUAAAAGGUAUGGGAGGAAAAAGAUGUAAAAGUAUGGGGUGGCUGAAAGUAGGUACGACAAUCUUUAUAUCAUACAUUUAUUAUCUAUUUUCCAUUUCUUUCUUUUCCACUGUUUAGUUUUGUCUCGGGUGCUAAAGAUGUCAUAGACGCAGUCACGUGGCACCAGUAAGUGUUGCAUUGUUUCAGUACUAGGCGGCUUUCUGUUACAUUUAUUUUAAUUUUUCCCCGGGUUUACAGUGUAAAGCGCAUGGUCUAUGAAAUCAUGCCACACAUUCCAACCAAUUUUGCCACGCAAAAUAACCAAUCAGAGACCGAUUUGCUUCACAAGAGAGACUGGUAAUUCUACUCAGUUACUUUUUUUAUAAUAUAUUCCAAUUUUAAAGUCUCUAGUCUUGUAGACUAAAAGGAAAACAAGGAUGUGGUAGAAAGUAGAUUACAAAAUAGCCGGUUUCUUUCUCAAAUCGCUCCUGGUAAAGCGCAAAGGGCCGAAAGGAUAGAAUCGGAUUCGAAGCUCACUUGCCCACGACCGGUCUCUUUUUCCGAUUUCACUUCUUGCUUUUAUCUGCCUCGUCCCAUACCUUUCAUUUGACAAUUUCCCGUAACUUGGUUAACUCAAAAAAUGCGGUUUUUGUGUGGUUCAAGUGGGAAUACGAAAUCUGUAUGUUUUGAAGUUCCACUGGGUGUAAUCAGAAGCAUACUCACUAUAUCCCGUUAAAUGUGUCACGCCUGUGUUUUUUAGGUACUACCUCGAUAAAAGAAAUUGUACUGAGAAGGAUUUUUAUAAUCCAAAUGUACUAGACGAAUUCCUGCGUGAGCUGGAGGCAGCCAAUGAUGUCUUGGAUAAAAUAGAUCCAGGCAUACCAAGGUGGCUGGGGGAGACUGGAAGUGCUUUUGGCGGGGGAGCUCCUGGAUUGUCUGACAGAUAUGUUGCAGGCUUUAUGUAAGUGAGCUUCUAAUAAUUUGUUGUAUGUUCUGCCCUAAAGUCAGUGCUUAUGUUUAAGAAAAAGAAUGACGGUUUUCUUUUUAAGUCAGUAAGGACCUUACGAGCCUACGAAGACGACGACAACGUCAGAAAAAAGUAAUAGAUUUAAUGAGCAAAACAACAACUCUGCACGUUCAUCACGCUUUUUUGUAAAUUUCUUUGCCGUCACCGCACAACUACGACCGAAAUUUUUUCUAAGUUUUCUUAGGAACGGGAAAGGCAAGGUGAUAAAUUCUACCUCCUCUGUCGGAACUUGGACACGGUUCCCUCUCUUCAGCUCCAACCUCAAUUCCAUUCUUUUAAGUAACAGGGCGACUUGGAAUAAUUGCCAAAUAGUUUGAAAGGAUGCGAAGUCUGUUUUUCAGCGACGUUUUCAUGGACGUCGCCGUUGUCAGAUUGAAAGGUCCAGAGUGACACAGGCGACAUGGAAAAAAGGAACCCGCGUUCUCCCAACUGGAUUCCAACCUUUGGCAUCCCUUGACCAACUACAACAUUAUAUUUAGAUAAGUUUAUCAGUAUGCACUGGCUAGUUGGACGCCUUUAAUCAUAGAUCCGCCUCUGUAACCUUUUUACGCCAAACCAGUUAAUACAUGAUUUGCUUACCAGUAUAUUGACUGACUUUAGCGGGUUUACCAUGUCAAUAAGGACUGAGGUUUAGGAUUAUUUCCACCGGCUAUUAUACGCUCGAAUCUCAGCUACUUUCAGCUACUGGGGUAGUCAAAAGCAAAGAUUGACCAUCCCAGGGAGAUUGGAAUCGUGGGCUACCCUUUACAUUUCCGUUUCAAAGAUUUACGUGCCAUACAGCUCUCCGUACUUUUAAUACAAUGAUAUAUUUUUCUUCUCAAUCCUGGGAAAGACUCAGUUUGAAUACGUCUUUUACAAUUACUUGAAGGAAAGUGAACACCAAAUUACGUACUAGUAUAGGGAUGAAAGGGUCAUGAGGAUUGAACUGUGAAAAUCAAUGCGUAACCUUCUCUUCGAAACUGACUCUAUUCCCAAGUGCAAAUCAACUAUUUCUUUCUUUUCAUGGAUACAUUAUUGUGACGUAUUUUAUCUAUACUUAUGGCAUGAUUCCUGGGUACCCCAUUAAUGUAAAUAUUAUUAUGCUUUCUAGGUGGCUUGACAAAUUAGGACUCGCUGCUCGAUUGGGCCAUGAAGUUGUUAUUCGACAAUCGUUUGUUAAAGGAAGCUAUGCUUUACUUGAUGAAGAUUUGGAUCCAAAUCCUGUAAUUACAUGUACAUAUUUUGGUUAAGUUAAGUAACAUACUUUCACAUUAACCGUCUGAUGACCCGCACCUACGUUUUAUUGUUCCUUCCGUUUUGUGAAGGAUCUAAUAGCCUGCGUAGAUGGCGAUAUUGUGUGGCUGCGGGAAGUUUAGGCGGAGGAGCCGUGUUCCAAUAAAAGGGAGUAGGGACGAGGCGGUUUCUCGCGGCUUCGCCGUCAAGUCUCACUCGCCUAUAUUACAACGGCUUCGCCGCCAAAUCUCACUCAACUACUACACAAUACCGCCAGCUACGCAGGCUAAGGAUCUAAUUCAUCGCCCUGUAGGCAGGCUUCCCAUCAUGAGAUCAGUUAUGAGACCCUUGUAAAGGGACAGUAUUACGAGUAUUCAGUCUCCUAGGUUUUUGUGAUAAUUGCCCUACAAUUAUGAAUAUACCCUCGCUUAAAAUGGCUUUCAUGAACGACAAGAAAAGAGAAUAACUCGCGCUUACAAGUCUUUGGCAACUGCUCAUCUACUCAUCAAUUCAACUUUUGGUUUUCUGGUACAAUCGGGUAUGCAAACUUUGCUUCGGUUUCGUGCGUUUUAAGUACAUAACGAGUAUAAAACAGGUUAUGUUUUUUUGAGUGAGAGCUUCGAUCCCGUUAUUUGCUACACUAGAAGGUGAGUGGGACAAACUGGACCAAACUGGUUGGUUAGAUGCUGCGAAAACGUAUAAUGACUGGUUCCUAGAGCCGUCAGAAGAAACCCAUCAGGCAUCAUUACUUUUACAUACUUCGAUCCUGUUGUUUGAAGCAUCUCACUGGAACUGAACCCCGGGUGAGGUACUUGGAUUAAUUUCUGCUGGGUAUGUGCCGCUGGCCUCUCAAAGCCCCAACUCCGUUAUAAUCUAUUCUGUGGCCAAUUAUAGAGCCCGCCUUCACUUACUACUUUUAUGAAUUGACCCAUUUUUAGAUUGAACGAAGAAUACUUUACUUUUCGUCUACAGUACAAACAUUCUGUUACGUUUGCUAACCGUAAAUAUGAAGAACUGUCCUACUUCCAAAAAUCCGAUAAUGUAUAAUGUGCGAACCCAUUUUAGUAACUCUAUUGAAAAUGCAACCCCAAUAUGGUCAAUCCGGUCGUAAAAAUGCGACCCCAUCCAGCGGCACCUCCCCUUUAGCCUCUUAAAGGACGUACCCUCCCCCCCCCCGGGACCUGAACUGAGGUUUAUGGUUAACAGUGCCAUUCUGUUUAUGAUCUCAGCAUUCUUUCGGUUUCUUACGUAUGUUGUAGGAUUAUUGGUUGUCUUUGUUAUAUAAGAGGCUUGUUGGGGUGAAAGUCCUAGAAGUAGAAGGUGGGACAAAAGAGAAGCGAAAGACCCGUGUAUACGCUCACUGUGCUAACAGGUAUAAAACACGUUAAAAAAUAUUUCCAUUGUUUUUAGAGAAAUGAUUUAAGCAGAAAAAAGCUCUUAGUUUUCUGACCAACACUCCUUACGUGAGACGCAUGUUACUACACGUAUGUCUGGCCUUAAAAUUGCCAGUGAACAGUAAUUUCAGACUUUUAAUUGCUUCAGGAAAUAUCCUGUUGGAGCUGUCACCCUUCUUGUUCUGAAUGUUCACGAUCAUGAUCCAGUUAGCCUUAAACUUACUGGUAGCCUCAAAGGAAAAGAUGUGGAAGAGUAUCUUCUGAGGACGGAAAACAGUGACCUCACGUCGAAGUAA